UCGGGCGCGCGCAGCCGGGCUCGGGAAGCGCAGGCCGCAGACAGCCGCGCACUCGCCGCAGGACCGCAGCCGCGCACCACGCGACACGAGAGCGAGCAGAAUGAGGGGUCGUCUGUUAUUGUUGGCCCUACUGGUCGCGGUCAUAUGUACCGCUGACGCACAGAAGCACCGGCGCCGGCACCGGCGGCCGCGCACCACCACGACGGAGGCGCCAGCGGUAGGCGAGCGGGAGCCCGAGCGCGAGGACGCCGAGGCCGAGCACUUGGAGCUGGGCAUGGCCGAGCGCCUCGACGAGCGCCGCUUCCAGGAUGCGGAAAAGGCACGCGUCAACGAAAUCAUGAAUGAGGGUGAAGGUCUCUCUGAUAACGAAGUAUUCCCGGAUGACCCGUGCCUGAAGGUGCACUGCAGCGCGGGCCGCGUGUGCGAGAUCGACGAGCACGGCGACGCCGUCUGCAACUGCAUCAAGGAGUGCCCCUACGAGACCGACUCCCGCCGCAAGGUGUGCACGAACCACAACGAGACGUGGUCGUCGGACUGCGAGGUGUACCGCCAACGCUGCCUGUGCCUGGACGGCUCCGAGCUGUGCCGCGCGGCGCAGUACCACCACGUGCAAAUCGAGUACUACGGCGUGUGCCGCGAGAUGCCCGUACGUACCGACCCUUCGUCAACUAUUUAUUUGACACGAUUCCCCAAUAAUUCGAAAACCACUUUUUUAUAA